AUGGAUAAGGUCGUGACGUGCGUGGCACCCGUCAACAUAGCCACCAUCAAAUACUGGGGCAAACGAGACGAACAUUUAAUAUUGCCUCUAAACGAUUCGGUCAGUCUAACUUUGGACUGCGAUCAAAUGCACGCCAAGACAUCUGUUCUUGCAGGACCUUUGAUAGAUGAAGACAGUGUCUGGCUAAAUGGGCAGAUUAUGUCCAUCGAAACAAACGAACGAUUGAAAAAGUGCUUUGAUCUAAUAAGAAAUUUAAUCAGAAUACGUAAAGGCGAAAGUAGUCAAGAAGCAAAAUGGAACAUAAGGGUCUGUUCUGAAAAUAAUUUCCCUACUGCAGCAGGACUAGCUUCAUCGGCAGCUGGUUAUGCUUGUCUUGUAUAUACAUUAGCUAAUGCUUUUGGCUUAGUUGACGAAGAUUUACCAUCUAUAGCAAGACAAGGUAGUGGAAGUGCAUGUAGAAGUAUUUAUGGAGGAUUUGUUCAUUGGAAAGCUGGUAUUGAUGAACUUGGUUCAGAUUCAACUGCAGUUCAAAUUGCUGCCGAUACACACUGGCCAGAAAUGAGAAUUAUCAUACUAGUGGUGAAUGAUUCUCAAAAAAAAACUAGUAGUACUGUGGGAAUGAAACAAUCAGUAAAAACUAGUGAAUUACUUAAGUACAGAAUUCAAAAGUGUGUACCUGAAAGAACCAAAGACAUCAUUCAAGCCAUAACGGAUAAAAAUUUUGAAAAAUUUGCUGAAAUUACGAUGCGAGACAGUAACCAAUUUCAUGCUGUUUGCUUGGAUACAUAUCCCCCUUGUGUUUAUUUAAAUCAAGUAUCACAUGAAAUAAUAUCUUUUAUUCAUGAUUAUAAUGAAGCUGUUGGUCAAAUUAAAGUUUCUUAUACAUUUGAUGCUGGUCCAAAUGCUUUUUUAUUUAUUCAACAAAAAGAUCUGAGUUUGUUCAUGUCAGAAUUGGUUAAUGUUUUCCCAUCACAGCAACCUAAUUCUUCAUAUUUACGAGGAAUCGAAACUUCGGUGCCUGCUAAAGUAAAACCAUAUGGAUUUAUACCCAAAGAUAAGGAUCUUUUGAAGUAUAUCAUGGUCACUAAAUUAGGAAGUGGUCCAAAAUGUGUUAGUGACCAUUUAUUAAACAAUGAUGGUACUCUGAAAUCAAACAAUUAA